CGUUCCUCGGCCAUGGUGAUAUUGCUGUCGCCGCUGAGGGCGGCCCUGGGGCUCCCGGUUUGCAGGCUUAAAUCAACGGUCAGCUUUCUUACUCGACCAGAUCGACCAAAUCUUGCUUAUCAUAAACUAAAAGGCAGGAAUCCAGGGGUUAUUUUCCUUCCAGGCUUUAAUUCAAAUAUGAAUGGUCAGAAAGCAACUGCCCUUGAAGAUUUCUGCAGCUCUCUAGGUCAUGCCUUCGUCAGAUUUGAUUAUACAGGAUGUGGAAGUUCAGAUGGUAACUUUGAGGAGUGUACAAUUGGGAAGUGGAGAAAAGACGUUCUGUCUAUACUGGAUGAACUUACAGAUGGACCACAGAUUCUGGUGGGCUCCAGCUUGGGUGGAUGGCUGAUGCUUCAUGCUGCAAUAGCACGCCCAGAUAAAGUAGCUGCUCUAGUUGGAGUAGCUGUAGCAGCAGACCAUCUUGUAACAACUUUUAAGAAGCUUCCCAUUGAGGCACAAAAAGAAAUAGAAGAAAAAGGUGAAUGGAAGUUUCCAACAAAGCAUAAUGAGGAAGGGUAUUACUCCUUGACAUACGACUUUAUCAGAGAAGCAGAAAAUCACUGUUUGCUAAAUAGUCCUAUUCCUGUAACAUGUCCCAUACGACUCAUUCAUGGCAUGAAGGAUGGUGAUGUCCCUUGGCAGAUCUCUAUGCAAGUUGCUGAUCGUGUUUUGAGCAAAGAUGUGGAUGUUAUCCUCCGCAAAAUUGGCCAACAUCGGAUGAGUGAAAAGGAGGAUACAAAACUUCUUGUGAAUACUGUUGAUGAUUUGAUUGACAAGCUGGCAACACUAGCGUAAGCUGCAGAGUAGCAUAUGUGCGUGAACUCUACACCUGACUCUUUUCCAUGAGUAGCAGAAACCCUGUUCUUAACAAGAUGAUGCCAGGCCUGUGACUGUCACAGUAGGAACUGAGCUUUAUCUGCUGUUUCCUUACCUCUGUUUCGUAAAUACAGGUAUUUUACUGAUGCUGCAUUUGCACAGACUCCAAAAUGUGAAGGAGUGCUGCUGUUGUGUUCAGAACCUCUCCUUCACCACUUAAACCUUUUUUUUGCAAUCUUCCUACACUUUUGUACUGAAAUGUUGAUUCAUUUUUGUUACUGUUGGCCUGUACAGUAAAACUUUAAUUUCUCAUUUUUCGGAUGCCUUUUCAGUAUUGUCCUUUUGCUGUAACAUUCUUGUAUCUUAUGUCUGGAACCAUCUGUGCAAGGCAAAAUACAACUGAAGUGUUUACUGAAGUUAUUGUUAUUAGAA